AUGAUCGAUAUCGAGGCAGCUUGUCUUCCUGUCGGGAUGGGGAGCGCUACAAAUUUGAACGAUCUUGUGUUAAAAUUGUUCGAGAUUGGUGCUGUAAAAUUUGGUAAUUUCACUUUAAAAAGUGGAAUACAAUCGCCAGUGUAUUUUGAUCUAAGAGUGAUAAUAUCUUAUCCGGAUUUAAUGAUAGACGUCUCAGAACAUUUAUAUCAAGCAUCAAAAACAGGUUCUACUUACCAGUCUGUGUGUGGUGUGCCGUAUACUGCCUUACCCUUAGCCACAUGUAUCUCUACUGCUCAUAAGUUCCCCAUGUUAAUACGUAGAAAGGAAGCCAAGGACUAUGGAACCAAGAAGAUCAUAGAAGGUCACUACAAGCCUGGAGAUGUGUGCUUAGUUGUAGAAGAUGUUGUAACCAGUGGAUCAAGUGUUUUGGAGACAGUUUUGUCUCUGCAACAAGAAGAAAUUAAUGUGACAGAUGCUGUUGUGUUGGUGGACAGGGAACAAGGUGGCAAAGAUAUGCUUAAGACCAAAGGAAUUAAACUGCAUAGUGUCUGUACUAUAACACAAAUUUUGGAAGUUCUUGGCAAUAUGGGAAAGCUGGAGCAAGAUGUAAUAAACAGGACCAAGCAGUUCAUCCAUGACAAUAGAUUUAAUCCCAAUGGAAAUGUGAAAAGGAGUCCAGAGGAUGAAGGAGGAGACAGAAGCAUCAAACGAGUUAAGAGGGUACUUACAUAUGGAGAUAGGGCCAAGUUGUGUUCACAUUCUGUGGCCAAGUUUUUGUUCACAACAAUGGAAGAUAAACAGACCAAUUUAGCACUAUCUGCUGAUGUAACAACUGGUGCAGAGCUGCUGAGGCUGGCAGAUGCUGUGGGGCCCCAUAUCUGUAUACUGAAGACCCACAUUGAUAUUAUAUCUGACUUCAAACCAGACUUAGUCCAUGAUUUAUCACACUUGGCUGAGAAACAUGGGUUUCUAAUAUUUGAGGACAGGAAAUUUGCAGACAUUGGUAACACAGUGAAGCACCAGUACAGCUCUGGGGUGUACAGAAUAUCAGACUGGUCUCACAUCAUCAAUGCACAUGCUCUGCCAGGGCCUGGGAUUGUACAGGGUUUAAAGGAGGUGGGUCUUGUGAAGGACAGGGCUUGUUUAUUAAUUGCUGAGAUGAGCUCCAAGGGAAAUCUUGCCACAGGGGACUAUGCUAAAGCCACUUUGAAGAUGGCAGAGGAACAUGAUGAUUUUGUUAUUGGAUUUAUCACACAGUCCAAGCUCUCAAAUGAUCCCAACUGGGUUCAUAUAACUCCAGGAGUAAAAUUAACUCGUGGUAAGGACUCCCUGGGCCAGCAAUAUUUGACCCCCAGGGAAGUGAUUUGCGACAAGGAGUGUGACAUCAUCAUAGUGGGCCGUGGCAUCACUGAAGCUGAAGAUUCAGUUGUAGCUGCUAAGGCAUUCCAAGAAGCUGGGUACAAUGCAUAUCUAGAGAGGAUGCAAAAAACAUAAAGAAUUGGAUAGGGACACUGUUAUAGCAGUAUAAAUAUUGAGUACUAGUGGGUUUCUGUCUCCAUCUUAGAUAAUGCUACUAUAGUAGCAGGUUAAAAUAUAAUUUUAACCCAUUUAAAAUCCAAGCUUUUCCUGAAAUAUAUUUGUAUGGGUGGUAAAGUUCAGGCCAUGAAAUACUUUAUGAUUUAGUGGUAAGAUGUUCUGAAUAUCUGGGUUCCGCAACUCGAAAGCAUCACGCAUUGCGACUGAGCGCAAGCGUCUCUAUUCCAUAACUCGCCCCAUGUAAUACAUUGUGUGAUAUUGCUAUUCACAAUACGCAAUGCUUUUGAGGUACGGGACCCUGAUAAGCUUAUUUGUGUCUUAUUUUCUAACAGUUACAUGAAGGGAAGACCUUGUCAGCUCUGGCCUUCACCAGUUGUCUGCUAGCUUAAUGGUUUUAAUGUGCAGCAUUUUUUCAUUCAACUUUAACAUCCGCUAGAGUUGCCAGGUACGUGAUGUAGUUACCAAACUGGCCUCACUAAUUCAUGUUACAAAUCACAAUAUGUUUAGCCACUUGUGACAUCUGAAAGUUGUAAUUGUAUAGCUUUAUGACUAGUUAUUGAAAAAAGGAAACUACACGUUCUGUUGCUAUUUGUAGCAACCAAGGCAUAUUUUCAUGAAGGACAAGUGGCCGUUUCAGUUUGAUUGAUGUCACAAAAAAGUACGAUCAGUACUUAGAAAAUUACAGAUAUGCAUGGUUUUCUUGCUGCAUAGCAGUAGUGUGUAUUUGGUAUUGUUUUCUGAAGAUAAAUGAUUCUUAGAUUUUUUGUUGUUCACCAUCAUUCCUAAGGUAGGACAGUAAGCAUAAUAAAGUCCCUGUUACAAAAUCAUCCAUAUAUUUUUUUCACCCUAAUUAUGAACUGUAGACCUUACAAGACAUUGAGGGACACUAUUAAUUUCAUUUUUCAAUUAGAAGAAAACUUAAAAAUGCAGUAUUGAAUUUAAGGCUUGCAUGGUUCUAACAAGUAUGAACCAUUGCAUUUAACAUGGCCAUCUUUCAUAUGACCUCACUUUAGGUAUAUCAUUAGAAUGAGACACAACAGGUGAUAUUCUGCAAUGAUAAUUUGUUGGUGCUGAAAUGCAUAAUAUGGUAAUGACUCACUUUUUUCAGUGAGCCAAACGUAUCUCUAAAUAUAUUAUUUUGGAAUCUUUGAAGUUAUAUUUCUAUGUAGCAUUUCUAUGUAGCAAGUUUUUGUCAGGGCCAAAACUGACCAGGCAUCUAAUGUAAACCACACUGAUACUUAACUUUACUCUUUACUUUUAGUGUAUAGAAUAGAACUAAAGGGUACCCAGCCUUUUC